AUGGAGUCAGCUAAUAUCUCCGAGAAACCAGGUCCUGCAGCUGUAGAAGCCGGGCAUGGUGGAGAGGAGGAUGCUGGACAAAACGUCGUAAACACCGCAAACCAGGCUCCUCCUGAAGACUGGUUUGCAUGGCUGCAAGUCCUGGGAGCAUUCUCGCUGAAUCUAAAUACAUGGGGCCUCAUGAACGCAUUCGGUGUCUUUCAGACCUUCUAUCAACUCGAUCUACUCGCCUCCAAAACAUCUUCAGAGAUAUCCUGGAUCGGGUCGACGCAGUCAUUUCUCAUGUUUCUCGUUUCUGUUUUUGCAGGGCCAAUCGUCGACGCGGGCCAUCUGCGACCCUUACUCGCGGUGGGCUCCCUACUGACUGUGCUUGGAAUGUUCAUGACAAGCCUCUGCACCGCGUUCUGGCAGGUUUUUCUCGCGCAGGCAGUGGCUAUGGGUCUGGGGUUUGGCUGUCUGUACGUACCAGCCCCGACAGUCGUCUCGCAGUACUUCCACGCCAGCACGGCGUUGGCGAUGGGCGCGUCAUCGGCGGGGAGUGCACUUGGCGGGAUAAUCUACCCCAUCAUCUUCACGCACCUCCAACCGCGCAUCGGCUUCGGCUGGGCCACGCGGGUAAUCGCCUUCAUCGUCCUGGCGACACUCCUCCCGGUGCUCUUCAUAAUGAAAACCCGCGCAGCUCCAACUUCAAAAUACACUCUCCUCGACAAAUCUGCGUUCAGAGAUACGCCAUAUCUCCUGCUCAACCUCGGCCUCGUGUUUGGGUUCAUGGGGUUCUAUGUGAUAUUCUAUUACAUCCAGCUAUACGCGCUGCAAGAGACUAGUCUGUCGGCACCGCUGCAGGGGUAUCUGCUCGUGGUUAUCAAUGCCAGCUCGCUGCUGGGCCGGUUGGUGCCGGGGUACUAUGCGGAUAUGAUCGGGUCGAUUAACAUGCAGACGGCUGUGGCGCUGGUAGGUGGGAUAUUGACGUUUUGUCUGGUCGUCAUCAAGAAUGCAGCGGGCUUGGUGGUGUUUUGCGUUUUGUAUGGGUUUUGUGCGGGUGCUUUCAUGGGUUUGCCGGCGGCGGGAGUCGUGAGUUUGUCGCUGGAGAAGAAGAGUAUGAUUGGGACGAGGUUGGGUAUGACGCUUGCUACGGUCGGAUGCGGCGUUCUGGUGAGUAACCCAAUUGCAGGCGCGAUUCUGAACGGGCGAGGAGGCUGGAUUGGACUGAUUGUGUGGUGUGGUGUGUUGCUUAUGGCGUCCUGUGCAAGUAUGGCUGCGAGUCGGGUGGCGAAGGUUGGUUUUAGUUGGAAGGGGGUAAUAUGA